UACCGCGUGUCCCUCCCUCAGGGAACACUAGUCAUACCCACAACCUCCAGACUCACCUGGAGAGCAGAUGGAGCAGCUCACUCCAGUCACUCGUUUCUUUUCCCCGUCGAGUCGCGCUUGCUCGUGGCUCAUCAUGAGAGGACGGUAGAUGUGAGUGGGACAUGGAGGAGCUGGGUGGCUCCUGGUCCGAGCCCCGCUCUCCUCUGCAGGCUGCGGCGGGGAACGGGAGCUGGAGCGGGGCGGCAGGACUCGUGGUGUCCGGGCGGACUCAGCUGCUGCUGGAGAUCCUCAUGGUGCUGAUGUGUUUGGGCGCAGUGACAGGUAAUAUUCUUGUCAUUGCGAUUGUGGCUUCAACCAAGACUUUCCACUCUGUGGCGUCCGUGCUGAUCAUGAACCUGGCCAUCAGCGACCUCCUGGUGGGCGUCGGAGUCAUGCCAUUUGUCGCUCUGUCCAUCAUGAACCAUGGAUGGGUAGAUUUCUCUCACCUCUGUAUGUACGUGGGCUACACCUCCUCUGUGUACUGCACAGCCUCUGUCCUGACACUAGCUGCCAUUGCUCUCGACCGCUACCACUCCAUCAUGGACUGCCUGCGCUACAGCUCCCGCUGCACCCUGUGGAGGACCGGCGCUGUGGUGCUGUGGAUCUGGCUGCAGGCUCUGGCCACCAGUUGCCCUCCCCUGCUGGGCUGGAGCUCUGUCAGUUACAUGGUCCCCAUGUACAGCUGUGCCGUCAACUGGGCCAGCAGUCCCAGCUACACGGCUUUUAUGGCCGGCCUCUCCUACCUCGUACCUGCGGUGGUCAUCCUCUUCUGCUACGUGAACAUUGUCAAGGUGGCACGCAGCCACGCUAGGAGGAUUCAUACCUUAGAGGACGCUGUCCAGCGAAGCAGGAAUCAGACCUCUGCCUUCGCUCCUGGAGUUUCACCUCAGCUGCAUCAGUGUGGGACGCUCCACAACCCCUCUUCACUGAUCUACCAUGUGAGUGGCCAGUUUGUGCCUGAUGUCACUAGAGAAGACGGAAGUAACAUCAGCCCUGCUCUCCCUAAUUCUGCUGCAGAGCAGAGUAACUCUUUAUCCAGACGUCUGGUCUCCAUCUUGGCUCCCAGCUCCUCCCAGCCUCCCCCUGAGAACUCCCAGCAGCACCAUAACCAACACGGAGUGGUGCGUCUCUUCCUGGUCAUCUCAGCCUUCUUCUUCUGCUGGACACCUUACGUGGGUGUGGCCCUCGUUCAGGCCACGGAAACUGCAAUUUCCGGCCAAUCCAGCCUUGUCCCGCCCUCUGCUGUGACCUUUUCAUACUGGCUGGUGUUGCUGAACUCUGACAUCAAUCCUCUUCUGUAUGCUCUGCUCAGCAAACGUUUCCAGGGGGCCCUUCAGGGACUUAGGCAAAAAAUAAGAGCACGCCUGGGAAGUGUGGUGGGCAAGGCAGGGGAGGUCAGAGCCGAGGGAGACGACUACAGGAGUAGCGAGCCCUGCUCUCUGAACACCAUCCCCAUCAGCCCACCGUCCAGCACGGAGAGUUCAACCUGUGAUAUCUCCAAGUAUUCCCCCUCCAUCCUCCCUGUCAGCACGGACCUCAAACAUCUUCCUGACGAGCUUCUAUGCAAAGUGUGUCGGACUGAAAACAACUCCUCAUCUCCAGACCGUGGUGGCGACAGGCGGGUGGACAGGUUGCAGGUUCCCGCUCGGCCACAGGAGGGCAAAAGACUACCGUUCUCUGCUCUGACCAGGGAGCGACAGGCCACGUUCCUCUAUGGCCAAAUAACAGUGAGAGUAGAGCAUGAUGUGUGUUAAUGAUGUGUUAGUGAUGCAGGAACAGUGUCUACCACAUCAGAC